AUGGAAGGCAAGCUGAAUGGCAAAGUCAUUGUUGUCACUGGAACCUCAUCUGGAAUCGGAAUCGAGACGGUUCGUGCUCUCUCGACUACUGGAGCAAAAUUCUUCUUGACAGCUCGAAAUCUUUCCAAGGCAAAGACUGCUUUGGAAGGUGUCUUUGACUCUGAGCGCAUGGAGCUCGUUGAGAUGGACCAAUGCUCGCUCGAAAGCGUUCGUACCGCGGCGAGCCAGAUCUUGGCCAAGACAGACAAGAUCAACAUCCUAAUCAACAACGCCGGAGUCAUGGCCAUUCAGAACCUCGAGUUUACCAAAGACGGGCACGAGACGCAGUUCGGAACCAACCACUUGUCUCACUUCCUCUUCUUCGAGCUCUUGAAGCCCGCCCUGCUCGCUGCCACCACACCUGAAUUUAACUCUCGCGUUAUCAUUCUUUCAUCCACUGCGCAUUUGUUCAACAGCAUCAACGAUUCAGACAACUACAACUACCAAAAGGGCGGAUACACUCCAUGGGGUGCCUAUGCCCAGUCCAAGACGGCCAAUGUCUACAUGGCCAGCGAGCUUGAACGACGAUACGGAGCUCAGGGGCUUCACGCGACAAGCGUGCACCCUGGAGGGAUCAUGACUGGCCUUUCGCAGCAUAUCCCCGACAGUGAGCUCGAGGCGUUCAAGGACGAUGAGAAGCUCAUGAAAAAGCUCAAAAGCCCUGAGCAGGGUGCUGCCACCACCGUCUGGGCUGCAAUUGGAAAGGAGUGGGAGGGUAAGGGAGGAAGAUAUUUGGAGGCCUGCAGAGAAGCAGAGCCAUCUAAGGAUGAGAAGCCUCCGGCUAGCUCCGGCUAUGUCGAGCAUACCUACGACCCAGAGAGGGAAGGCCGUCUUUGGGAGGAUUCGCUGAAGCUCGUGGGGCUGGCCUGA